UAAGCCUCACUACAUACAAGCGUAUAAAGCUCACCUUGCUCACUUGCCUUCUUGUCUCAACUUUCUUCAAGCAGCCAUUACCACCCACCUGCAUCACGAGCAAUAUUUUUAGCAGAACUUCUGAAAAUGAAUAGGGUAAGAGCUUUGGCAGCAGAGAAGGCUGCAGUGAUCUUCACCAAGAGCACAUGUUGUAUGUGCUACAGCAUCAAGGAAUUGUUUAGAGGCCUUGGUGCAAGUCCCGCGAUUCAUGAGCUUGAUAAAGAUGCAAGCGGGAGAGAAAUGGAGAAGGCACUCCGAGACCUAGGCUGUAAUCCCUCUGUGCCAGCAGUGUUCAUAGGUGGAAGAUUUGUGGGCUCAGCCAAAGACGUCAUUUCCUUCCAUGUCGAUGGGUCUCUGAAACAAAUGCUCAUUCAAGCUGGAGCCAUCUGGUUCUAGUAAUCUUAAAGCGUGGCUAUAUAAUGUUCAUGUUAUAGUAAUAGUUAACAAGCCCUUGUACAAUUUUAAAGGUAACAUUGUAUCAAGGGCUUCACUUUUUGCCAAAUGCAGUGACUAUAUUGUAUAAAAGGUUAUGCUAUAUGAAAAUGGCUUAUCCAGUCGCUAAAAUUCUUUCUGGCAGUUAAUAGUCGUUUUUUUUUUUUUUCUUUUCUUCUUUUCCUAACAAAUAUUGGAACUCAAAUAGAGCAGGUCCUGUAGAGUUUAUGUUA